AUGAAUAUGGAUGCUACAAGCACAAUGAGUGCAACCACUACAGCUUCGAUAGCAAUGUCAAUGUCAAUGGCAAGUGGCGAAAUGAUGAGCAUGAUGAUGAGCUCAGCAAUGAGUAUGGCCUCAUCUGCAGUCUCUAGUAUGGUAAUGGAUAUGAGUUCAUCCUCUAUGUCAAUGAAUAUGGCAUCAAUGACCACAUCCCCAAGUUCCUCUAUGACAAUGAGCAUGCAAAUGAGUACAAGUACAGCACAAUCAUCUGCUUCAUCCAGCAUGUCUGGUAUGUCUGGAAUGUCUGGAAUGGAUAUGGGUGGUAACAGUACCAUGUCAAGUAAUAGCAGUAUGUCUGGAAUGGACAUGGAUAUGGAUAUGGGAAUGAAUUACUACUUAACUAGAACCUUCAAUGGUUACCCAGUUCUUUUCCAUGGUUUGCACGCAAAUACUAAAGCUAAGGCAUUUGGUAUCUUCGUUUUAUUGAUGACUGCCGCAUUCGUUUACAAAUUUCUAUUAUUCGUUAGCUGGUGUUUAGAAGUCCACUGGUUCAAGAAAUGGAAUAAAAAGAACAAGUUCAGUACUAUGGAUGCUGCUCGUUCGAGCGCUAAUAAGAAAGAUCAGUAUAAUGAUGGAUAUUUAUCUGACGAUACUUUUGUAGUAGAUCCACUACCAAAGCUACCAAACGUUAUUGGUGAUAUCUUCAGACCAUCUUUAAUUGAUGUUUCCCAUGACCUAAUUAGAACAUUGUUGACAUUCACUUCCACUAUGAUAAUCUAUAUGCUAAUGUUGGCUGCCAUGUCUUUUGUAUUGACCUAUGUCUUUGGUAUUAUUACUGGUUUGGCAUUAGCCGAAGUCUUUUUUAACAGAUGCAAGUUGUGCAUGUUAAAAAGAUGGGACAUCCAAAGAGAACUAGAAAAUACUAAGAACUGCCCAGGUGCUGGUAACUGUCAAUGUGGCAGACAUAGAAGAGGUAACAACAUUAACAAUGUAACAACUACAUCAACAAACGUUCAAAAUGAAUACUAUAACGAAAAAGAUGAUGAAAGAGAAGUUGAAGACAACUGUUGUUGUGAACCAGCAAAAGAUAAAUCUGGAAGUGCGGUAAUCGAUGAUGAUGAAGAUGCUAAUUGUGCUUGCGGUGGUGAUGAAGCAAAAGAAGAGAAGAAUAUUGAACGUAAUAUUUCAGCAAAUAUAAGGAUGCAAGAACAAGGAGGCGCUAUGGACGUCGAUUUAUUACCAUCGGAAAGAUUCCAAUAA